ACUAUUUAUUUAUUUCCAGUUCAAAGGGUAAACCUGUGAAGUAAAAUGGUAUCAAACAGUACAUCAAACAUUUGUUAUUUGUUGUCAAGAUACUAUGGUUGCAAAUCCAUUUCAAGUAGAGGGGACAACCAUAGGAGACCAAGGCCACCGGGAAUCCAAUCUGGGUACAGAUGCUAGGGCAGAUGUCACUGAGCUACAAAAGCAGCUGCAAAAGGAAAGGGAGGACAAGCAGCUACUUGCACUGCAGCUCUGUGACAGCAGAAAAGACAACAAGUGGCUUAGAAAUAAAAUUAAGGCAUUGACAGUUUCCAAGAGCUGCCUUCAGAGGAGACUCCGCUCACAAAUUAAUGAUCUUAAAACAAAGCUGCAGGCUGAGCAAGGCAAGAUCAAGCUUUCCGACACACUGGCCACCCUUCCUCCACACAGCAGGGAAUUCCUCAUGUUUCAAGCAAAAGAGCAGAGGCCAAUGAGGAAAUGCAGGAAAUUUCCAAAAAAAAUAAAAGACAUGGCCUUGCAAAUAAUACAUCAGAGUCCAGCAACCUAUAAAGUACUCAGAACAUACUUUUGUCUGCCCUGUCCAUCAACAUUGCGACGGUACCUGGCCAACAUCUUGGGGCAUUUCAAACAAGGGUUUUUAGAUACCAUCAUUGCCCAGAUCAAAAAUCGAGUCAAGACAAUGGAGCCUCAUCAACGCAAUGUCGCAAUUGUGUUGGAUGAGAUGGCCAUUAAAAAACAUCUUUGUUACAAUCCUACAUUUGAUUGUGUAGAUGGCUUGACUGGCACAGGAAAGAUGGCUGACCACGCAAUGGUCAUCAUGUGUAGAGGCAUAGCUUCUAAAUGGAAACAAGUAAGUCAGUCUUCCCAGAAAGGGUCAAAGUCCGGCUCAGUGGCACUUACAGUUGCCCAUACAGGCAACCACACAGCCACAGUUGAGGAGGAGUGA